AUGGCUGAGUUCACUACCGGCGAGGAGGCUGCCGCCAAGAAGGCCGCGCGUUCGUUCAAGAAGUACUCCUACCGUGGAGUCGAGCUCGACCAGCUCCUUGACCUCUCCAACGAGGCCUUCAUUGACGUGACCCAUUCUGCUCUCAACAUCUACAACCACUGUAACCUCGCCCGCAAGCUCUCCUCCCCUUUACUUCCAGCUAACGCCCAGCUCGUCCACGCCCGUGCCCGUCGUCGUUUCCAGCGUGGCCUCAAGUCGCGCCCCAUGCGCCUGAUCAAGAAGCUCCGCAAGGCCAAGAAGGAGGCCGGCCCCAACGAGAAGCCCGCGAUCGUCAAGACCCACCUCCGUGACAUGAUCAUUGUCCCCGAGAUGAUCGGCUCGGUCGUCGGUGUCUACAACGGCAAGACCUUCACCACGGUCGAGGUCAAGCCCGAGAUGACCGGCCACUACCUCGGCGAGUUCUCCAUCACUUACAAGCCCGUCGGCCACUCGCGCGGUGCCAACAUGGCCAACUCGCGCUUCACCCCUCUCAAGUAA